AUGUGUCGUUUAGCGGAUGAGUGUUACGUGCUGUUCUAUUCGAAAACCUAUCUAUGGUCGUUCUCACCGAACUAUUGCGGAUUCGUCCUAGGAAAAGUGCUGGAUUUCGGUACCGGUGUCACCGUUUUUGCUGUUAUCAUCAUCUUCGACUUAAUCACUAUAUUUGAAAGAAUUAUCGGUACUGUAGAAGAAAGCCUAUUUCAGGCAAUGAGACGAAAACUACGUCUACGAGAACUGAAAUUCUUCGCACAAUCAUGUUUGCAGUUCGGUUUGUUCGUCAUAAAACUGACCAACUUCUAUUUCAUAUCCGAAUAUUUCGCCACUGACCCCGUCACAUAUCACUGGCCAUUAUUCUUCACAACUACAUUCGCUUGGGAAUGCACCCACUGUGUUGACGGGUACGUUCUACGGGAAACUGUUCAACACCACAGACACAAAUUUAAUUCCAUCGUCUAUAUUUCAGACUUAUCCUUAUUUUGUUCCAAUACGGUGACUGCCGAGAUAGGGGAAGCAAGGGUGUUUCAUCCACUAGACAGCCAGGCUUGA